AUGCACUUCACUACCUCCGUGGCUAUUCUCGCCGUCGCCGCUGGCGUUCAGGCUGCCAAGCGUGCUGAGCCCCCUGUCCAUGAGAAGUUCGCUCGUGCUGUUGACCCAACCGGUGCCGCCGGUACUGCUGCUGCCGGUACUGCUGCUGCCGGUACUGCUGCUGCCGGUACUGCUGCUGCCGGUACUGCUGCUGUCAACACCGCUACCCACCCCAUCGUGACUGGCGGUCCCAUCAACAACGGCACUACUGGCGGCAACGGCACCGUUGUUACCGGUACUCCCGUUGUCAGCACUCCCCUUAUCCACAGCACCCCCGUCAGCGCUGCCACUGGUAAGCCCAGCUCCAGCGCUGGCGCAGGCUCCGGCUCCGGCUCCAGCUCCGGCUCCAGCUCCGGCUCUGGCUCCAGCUCUGGCUCCAGCUCUGGUUCCGGCUCCAGCGCCGGCUCUGCUGCCUCUCCCAGCUCCAGUGGCUUCCACCCCACCAGUGGCGGCUCCAGCGUCGGCCCCAUGGGUGCUGCCGGCGCUAUUGUCGGUGGUGCUGUCUACGGUCUUAUGCUCCUCGCAUAA